GGAACAAAUUAGUUGCUGGAAUGGAAAAGCUUCAGCCCUGUGUAUUUACUGCUGAUGCAACAGAAGGAGAACCAUUCUCCCUGGACAUUGCAGGGCUGGAAGAGUUACUGCAAGAAUGCACAACUUCUAAAGCAGGGCCAACAAGCUUGGGUCAUAAAUCAGGCAAGAAGAAAUCCAGGCAACCUUCUGCCCAGAAAAUAAAACGGGAAACUGGACAGAAGACAGAAAACGCACAGACACGGCUAAGUUUCGAAGUGAAAAGUCCAGCUCAAACAGUAUCUGAGUCCCAGUUGGACCAAGAUGUAUCCCCUGGCUCUCUGUCUCACAGGACAGCGUGGAGGGACACACUCAAGACUGGUAGACACCCUGGUAGUGAUGGUUGUGCUUCUUUACCAACAAGUCCUGAAAAUAAAAGUUUUACUGAGUCAAAAACUUAUCCUGGCUGUGAAUCUUAUAAAGUGAAAAUGAAGCCUGAGGUUUCUUUGGAAACUGCAAGACUAAAGAAUGCAAGAAGCCCCUUUUCAGAAAGUUUUGUUGGACCUACAUCCCCAAAUACACCACAGCAGAAUAAAUAUGGAACUGCUCAGCAUCUUGUGAACGUUGUAUCCUCUGAACAAGCCAAAGAUACUUCACCAAUUGAAACUUUGUCACACGAAAGUGUGCUGCACUCUGUUUCAACAAUUACGUAUGGGAUGUCAUCACCCAGGUGUAUUAAUAGCCUACAGGACAUUUCUAACAUGAAGUUAGUUGAUGUGACAGGAGACAAGGUGACACUUGACAAUAGAAUUGUUGAUACGAAGCCUACUGUGUCAUCGGGUUUUAGCACCUCUCCCAGGAGACCUAAUAGUGGGCCUUUUAAAACAGCGAGAAACCCUUUACAGUUUUCAAAUUAAAACACAGCUACUAAAUGAAUACAUUAGUAUAUUAUAUUAAUAUUUGUGAAAGAACUUUUGCUGUUGACACAUUCCAAUACUUUUUAGAUGUGACAUAACUUUUUUACCUUGUGACUGUGAUUUUAUAGUGAGUUAAUAGUGAGACCAAACGAAAUGAAUCAGACUAACAGAAAUAUUUUUAAGAAUAUAGGUUUAAGCCUUAUAUCUUUUUGCGAUUUUUUAAAGGUGCAAUACAGUUAUCAUCUUAGGGUUUUAAAUAUCAUUUCAUGUCAUCGUUUUGUUUAAUGUAUACUUUAUACAUUGCAAGGAUAUUUUAUGUUAUGUGCUUUUAUAUAAAAUACCAUACGUGAACCAUAGUAGGAACGAAUAAAUCGUGAAUUUUAAAUAAA